AUGCGGCCAACGACUGGCACUGGCAGGGAAGAGGAAGCCGGAGAGACGACCGAGCAGAUGCCUGUCUGCUCAAGCAGCGGCAGCGGCAGCGGCCCAAAACGCGGCCUGAGCUCCGCGCAAAAGCAGCCGAGUGCAAUUUAUGUCGCGAGAGGCGCCACCACAGGCCGGCUGGACAUGGAGAUGGGACGGGACGCCAAGGCCAGCCUGAGUCCGCUGGGCAGUUGCAGACCCAAGGUGGACAAGGGUGGCAACCAUCCAGCCGUGCUGGCCAGGAGGGCCGUCACAGAGCCCCAGCGCCAUGCCGACCAGAACGCUCGAGUGAACAAGCGGGUUUGCUCGGGAUCUAGCUCGAGGAUCCCAGGUGGCGGGCACGGAGGACCAAGCCUGUUUGAGAGCAAGGUCAAGGCUCAGACCAUCCAAGCCGCAGCCCACCACACCACCAGGCGAGCCAAGUUGAACGUCGUCAGAAGGCGGGAGGGAUCAUGGCACAGGCCGGGAAGAGCUGUCUUGUGCUUGCACUUGUGCGAAGCGGACGAGAAGCCAUCCAGGGCGGAGCCGGGCAGGGCACAGACGCGGAGCGUCAAGAAGCGGCAUCGCGAAUACGCUCGCUUAUUAGGUAGGGCUAAGGCCCAAAGGGCAGCGGAGGCUAGAGGCUAG